UAGCACUAUUUUGCUAACAAAUAAUAUUAUAUCCAUACUAGAAAAUGGAUUCUUGGGAGGAUCAAGUUAGAAGAUUCAUGUUAGAUGAGGAAGAAGAUGACGACGAACUAUUUCUAGUUAUGGUCCCUGCCCUUCAAUUGUGCAUGUAUGAUGAGAAGAUACCAGAGCAUACCUCAUCUCUAUCUGGGGCACAAAAGGUUAAAGAAAUUUUAGAAGGUCAUGAGAGGUGGUGCAAAGUAGAGUUUAGGAUGGAGUCUCAUAUUUUUAGAGCAGUAGCAUGUUUUCUCAGAGUGGAGAAUUUAUUACGUGAUACUCGUUGUGUUGAGAUUGAGUAGUAGUUAGGAAUGUUUAUGUUCAUGCUAUAUCAUAAUGCUAGCACCGAGAGGCUAAAAAAGGAAUUCCAACAUAGUGGAGAGACAAUGUAUCGGAAAAUUACAGAGGUCUUCGAUAUAAUUCCAGUUCUCACUCAUAGAUUUGUGAAGCUGCCAAAUGUAAACCAGACACAUGUCAAGAUUGCGUCUGAUCCUCGAUAUAUGCCUUUAUUCCAGGAUAAUCCUAAAGUCAGCAAAUUCCGCAAGAAGUCUUUUCCUUUAUUUACCAGCUUGGAAUUAUUGUAUGAAGGAAGUAUUGCCAUAUGGGAUAUAAAUUUUACAUCCACUCAAUCUGCGCCUCAAAGAACUAAGCAGCGAGUUGAACCUACACCUCAGAGAACUGAGCAGCGAAUCGAACAUAUACCUCAUAGAAGUAUCUCAGAGCAAAGCACCCAUAACACAACACCUAGUAGAAAUCCAUUCAAUUCUGGUCUUGAUGGCAUCGAGAGCAUUGAAUUUCAAUCUGCUGCUACAAAUCAAACUUCAGAGGAUGUAGAAGGUUUCAGUGGCAAGAAAUGUAAGCAAAGUCAAAUGGCAGCAAGACUUGGAGACUACAUUGAUUUCAAGAAAGACCAGAUUGAAAAAACUAUGAAGGAGCUCAAUAAGAAGAAGAAACGUGAAGAUGUGCAUUGA